AUGGGGCGCGCCGGCGCAGAGUCGCGGGCAGUGGAAGCACACGCAGAAGCUCGCUCCCCGGACUUGCCGCACGAGUCAGACGGCACCACGAACGUGAUGGACUCGGGAAGGGGCGGUAGCCACCUGGUGGUUGUACAGGGUCGGAGAUACCGACGGCAGCGGCCGCGAUCCCGCGAAGUGACAGUGGUAUCGGUUGACGAGGACCAGAAUCUUGCUGUGGAGGCUUGGAUCACUCCCAGCGAGGCGUCGGUUAUCCAGCCAGAAGAGGCACUUACGACAAAGGAGAAGAAAAGGAAUGAGAUUCCCCCUGAGUAUCGAGGACACGCGGCAUUUUAUGCCAAGUAUUUGGAAGGACUACCAGAACAUGGACCGUUCAACCACGAAAUCAAACUUAAGGAGGCGCACAACUCAAGUUCUUCAAGGUGUAUCACACCAAUGCCCGAGAAAAUGAGGCGCUAA